AUCUAAGCCCAGAGAGCGGAGUUUCACCGAUCGAUUUCUCAAAGCCAAAAAUUUUCCUCCGCUCCUCCGCUCGCCUCUCCUCUCGUCGCUCGUCUGUUCGCCGCUCGUCGUUCCUCCUCUCGCCUCUCCUCCGUUCACAUCUCCUGGCGCUCGGCGCUCGGCGAUCCUCAUCUCGCAUCUCCCUCAAAUCACAGUCGUCGAACCCUAACUAGCUAACAAUCUCCGCCGCUUCACCUCCUCAGCCAUCAUCAUUCGACGAGGAUAACUCGAUACCCUAAUUUGAUUGAAGUUUGCCUAGUAGGACCGAUUUCUUGAUUGACCGAGGGAAAAAGUCCUGUCAAGCUGAAUCGGGAGAAUUGGUUUCUUGAUUGACAGAGAUACUGGCUAAUACUGGCUAAUCGAAGAGGUAGCUGAAGAGACAAUGUUGCUAUGGUCACCUAUCACUGGUUUUUGGCUUGUGGAAAGGUCAGGAAAAUAACUCAUCCUCUUCUAGGAAAUAAUAGGUCCAAUUAUUCUAGAUUACAUGAUCAUGGAAAACAUUCUGUCGCUGGAUUCCCAUCCACAUGCCAGACAUCAUCUCAGCAAAAGUUUUCUCAGGAAGGAAAUGCCUUAUUUACAAUUAAAACCAUGGCACAGCUUUCUUCAGCCCACAGUUCAAUUGCAUAUCAACCCCAGCUUGCUUGGAGAAGACUUUCUUUGAUAUCCUCAUGCAGAGGAUAUGCCGCUUCAGUUUUCAGGAGUGUCAAAUUCUCUGCUUUAGCAAGUGAAUCAAGAUCUUCCAGAUUACAUGAGUAUGGAAGGCAUUCUGAUUUUCGUCUCAGGUGCAGAGCAUUUUUACAUUCUAAAGCUUUUUGGGGAGGGAAGACAACGUAUGGAGCUAAGGAAAAUCUGUACAAGAGUUUUUCUUUUAAGCAGUUCUCUUGUUCUUCAGUCAAUUGUUCAGCAGCAUAUAGAGCCCAAUUUGCUUGGAAAAGCUUUUCUAAAAUACGCUCAUAUAGAGGUCAGGUCUCUCCUACAGUGAACAAGAUUACAUAUGCCAUGAGCUUGGCUUUCACUAGAUUUCAUAUGGUUCCGAGUGUUCUAGCAUUUUUUGGAGGAGCAUGUUCCAAGGUUGCUUGGGCAGAUGGAGAUUACUUUUCAACAGGGAACAAUUUGUACACACAAGCACAAGAUGGCCAUAUUUAUGUCACUUAUUUGAUAUUUUCAGUGUUGGAGUUCUUCAUUUUGUUGUUAAGAGCAGUUUAUUUGGCAUUUUUAUUCUCGCCGAUCAUAGUAAUGGCUCCAUUCGCAGACACUUUAGGGAUUGAGUACAGGAAGACAUGGCUUCGACUUGUUCAUCGUACUCUAGAAAAAGCUGGGCCUGCAUUUAUCAAAUGGGGUCAGUGGGCAGCUACACGGCCAGACCUGUUCCCUGGAGAUCUUUGUACUGAGUUAACAAAGCUCCAUUCUAAGGCCCCUGCUCACAGCUUUGCUUACACUAAAAAGACAGUUGAGAAAGCAUUUGGUCGUAAAAUUUCUGAUAUUUUUGAGGACUUUGAGGAGGAACCUUUGGCAUCUGGAAGUGUUGCACAAGUUCAUCGAGCUUCUCUUCGAUUUCGAUAUCCGGGUCAACGGACAAAACAUAUGGUUGUUGCUGUAAAAGUUAGACAUCCAGGUGUUGGUGAAUCAAUUAAGGGGGAUUUUACAAUCAUCAAUACGGUUGCCAAAAUCUCAAAGUUUAUCCCAACAUUAAAGUGGCUGCGCUUAGAUGAAAGUGUACAACAAUUUGCUGUUUUCAUGAUGUCUCAGGUUGAUCUUGCAAGGGAAGCUGCCCACCUGAGUCGUUUUAUUUACAAUUUCCGCAGCUGGAGGGACGUUUCUUUUCCUAAGCCUCUUUAUCCACUUGUUCAUCCUACUGUUCUAGUGGAGACAUAUGAACAUGGAGAAAGCGUUUCUCACUAUGUUGAUGAGCUUGGAGGAAAUGAUCGACUUAAAAGUGCUCUUGCUCAUAUUGGUACUCAUGCACUCCUGAAGAUGCUCCUGGUCGACAAUUUUAUCCACGCAGAUAUGCAUCCUGGCAACAUUCUUGUCCGAGCCCCACGAUCCAAACAUCCAAAUAAAAGGCUUUUCAAGUCAAGACCACAUGUUGUAUUCCUUGAUGUAGGCAUGACAGCAGAGCUUUCAAGUAGUGAUCGUGUGAAUUUGCUAGAGUUCUUUAAGGCUGUUGCUCUUCGAGAUGGCCGUACUGCUGCUAACUGCACAUUGAGGUUAUCUAAGCAACAGAACUGCCCAAAUCCAAAGGCUUUUAUUGAGGAAGUGGAAAAAUCAUUCUCCUUUUGGGGCACCCCUGAGGGGGAUAUUGUCCAUCCAGCCGAGUGCAUGCAUCAAUUACUUGAGCAGGUUCGGCAGCAUAGAGUCAAUAUUGAUGGCAAUGUUUGCACUGUGAUGGUAACAAUGCUGGUUCUGGAGGGUUGGCAGCGCAAGCUGGAUCCAAGUUAUGAUGUGAUGCACACACUACAGACUUUGCUUUUUAAAUCUGAUUGGGCUGUCUCUCUCAAGUACACAAUUGACGGUCUCAUGGCACCCUGAGUGUAUUUCUUUACCGCUAUCUCUACAGUCAGUAAAAGUUUGCAUUCUAGAAGAUGUUAAAAUUCAAUUUUGAAAAAAGUUUUGCCUCUUGUUUUUCAAGUUGUGCUUCCACUUGAUACCAAUUUUGUUUUUUGAAGUCAUUAGGAUGAUUUUUGUAAUAAUACGAAGGUACAUUUAACUUGUCCUAAUUCUUACUAUACGAUAUCCCUCCGCAUAUCAAGUUCAUUUUUGCUCUGGAUCUGAAACAUACAUCAUAGUCGUAAUGUAUUCUAUGUACCGAAGAUGUUCAAUAAAACCAUCAGAUGUUUUGGCAUGACAAA